AUGAACAUGGAAGAAGUUUACCUGCUUCGCAAGAAAUCUGACACGACCGAGGCGGCGCACACGUACAACAUGUGCGUCGCAGCGGCAGGAGGCUACCGGAUCGAGACCAUCCGCUGCGACAAGGGAGGCGAGAACACCGGAUCCGAAUUUCGGGACUACUGCAAGAAUUCAGCUAUCAAGCUCGAGUACGCCGCCACCAACACCCCUCAACAAAUUGGUGUAUCGGAACGGGACGGACAAACCCUGGCCGGAGUCACCCGGUGUCUUCUGAAGGAUGGAGAUUUUCCGCCGUCCAUGUGGGGGGAGUUAAUGCUGACUGCAGCAUACCUGUUGAACAGGUCCCCACAUUCAGCACUGGGAGGAGCUACGCCAUACUCGAAGUUGCACAAUAAGUCACCUGAUCUCUCGGGACUUCGGGUCAUUGGAGCGCGCGCCUUCGUACACCACGAGAGAUACCGAAAGAAGCUGGACGACAGAGCUUUUGAAGGCAAGCUAUGUGGUUUUGGCCUCGACAGCCAGACCUACCGGGUAUUGAAUCCAUCCAACGGGGCCGUGUAUUCCAUUGAAGCAAAUGGGUACGAGAGUGACGUGGUGAGCUUCACCUCCCUGCUGGACAGCCCCCACUCGACGAGCGACCUGGACUUCACGGCGCAGAACGAACUCCUUCGGCAAGAAGUCCGGAAGAUGCAGCAAGGCAAUCUCGCUCGGGAGGAGCUUCGCCUACAACUGGACGGGCACGAGGACGCACAUGGAAACGGGCAAGAUCUCGGCGACGGGGACGCUCCAUCACCACAUCUCCCAUCGACGCCAGCUGGAUCAUCAUCCGGGACCCAUGCAUCUAGCCCCAGUCCAUCAUCGUCGAACCCGACUGAACCAAACACUUCUGCAUCAACUGGAUCCUCCAGCAUGCGGCGCCUGCAAGUCACCAGAGCCAGCACGCGCGGGAAGCCCACCAGCGACGAUCAUAUCGACGUCAACUUGGUUCCUGCCAAUCUGGAAGUCAUCAUGAACGACCGCGGUCGAGCCCAUGCUACAACGGGCUGCGCAGAGCCAUCCGGUCUUUCCUUCACUCAGCUGGCUGAGAUAGCCGAUCAAGCCCAGCUCCCAUGCCCUGGCGAUACUGAGGAUUUCGCCCACGUUGCGGAAGACCCCUUCACGGUGCCGCGUGCUCACGCCUACGUCACGACCACUCACGAACACCACGGGAUCUUGGAGGAGACGAAUCAAGCGAUCAAAAUCCCCAACGCCUACGACGAAGCCAUACGCUCUCCCCAGCGCGAAGAAUGGAAAGGAGCGUGCAGGAAGGAAAUGGACAAUCUGCGGAAAUACAACGUCUACAAUCUGGUGCCCCUCAGCAGUGUUCCCAAGGGGGAGAAGAUCCUCGGAACGAAAUUCGUCUACAAGAGAGGACAGUUUCAGCUAGCGGCGUUUACGGAUUCAUCCUUCGGAGUAAACCCCGACAACGGAAGAUCUACCACGGGAUAUCUCCUCUUUCUGGCUGGAGGACUCAUCAGCUACGGUGCGAAGACUCAAACUCUAACCGCGCAAAGCACGGUCGAAGCCGAGAUUCAAGUACUUACCUACUCAGCAAGAGAGGCGGUCUACAUCUGAAAUUUAUGACGGAACUCAACUCCAAGACCUUCGGAUCGGUUCCCAUCAACAGCGACAGC